AUGGCUGGGGAAGAAAUACCCUCACGACCAUCUCGGUCUUUAGCCGGCAAGGUGGCCAUUGUCACCGGAGCAGGGUGUCAAGGUAACGGGAUAGGCAACGGCCGAGCAGCAGCAGUCCUCUUAGCUGAGGAUGGAGCGUCAGUUGUCUGCGCAGACUUGAACCUGCAAUGGGCCGAGAAAACGGUGGAGAUGAUCCUCAAAGAUUCACAUGGAACAGCUUUAGCCUGUGAAGCCGACAUCACCAAAGCUGAAGAUUGCAGGCGGAUCGUUGACCUUGCCGUGUCAAAAUUCGGCAGGGUGGAUAUUCUAGUGAAUAAUGUUGGUGUUGGAGGUGCCCGAGGGACUGCCGUUGAUGUAGAUAUGGAAGCGUGGGCGAAGGGCUUGGAAAUAAACGUGUCGAGCAUGGUGUUGAUGGCUAAAUAUGCGAUUCCCAUCAUGAAGCAGAACGAGGGCCCUAUGCGAGGAAGUAUUGUCAAUGUUGGCAGCGUUGCAGGAUUGAAAGGAGGAACGCCCCAUUUGCUAUAUCCAACAAGCAAAGGUGCGGUCGUGAAUAUGACCCGUGCAAUGGCGGCGCAUCAUGCGCCCGAUGGGAUCAGAGUUAAUUGUGUUUGUCCUGGUAUGCUUUAUACACCAAUGAUGUAUGGGCCCGGGAUGAGUGAGGAAGCACGCGAGGCUCGGAAAAAUCGGAGCUUACUUCGAACCGAAGGCAAUGGGUGGGACUGCGGAAGUGCAAUUCGCUUUUUAGCAGGAGGUGAAGCCAGAUGGAUUACGGGCACCAUCUUGACUGUUGAUGCCGGUGCAACUGCUGCGGUGGGUACUGAUUUGCCUAAGACUGCCAGUGUAAAUGCAGGCAAAUAG